AGCUAUCAACACGCGGGUUUAUCAAAUGAACAAGUCAUCUGCGCGGUCGCUGUACAUUGCCAUUGCGCUAGCUACGCUUGCUGGCCAACACGUUUGUUCUCACAAGUAGUACGUAGCUUCCUCUGCUCCCUUUUGCGUUCAACUGGGUGGCUUUAACAAAAUCCACGAUGAGAGAACUCCAGCGGGCUCGGAUCAUGUCAUGAUCAGACCGUAAACAGCAUCUCCCGGAAGCUGUACUGCUCCGCUGUCUCUGAAGUCUUGUGUUUCCUGUUUACGGGCGGGAAGAGCGAACGAACCUGAACCUUCGGUGUAUUUUGUGUCGCUCGUGCUUAAGACUUUUCAGUUGCGCGACUGUUUUAUUUGUGCUCUUUAAGAGAUCGUUAGUAAUUCUGUUUGGACUUACUUACUUUCUUGGAAAUUGGAUAUACCUUUACAUACAACCGUUGCUGAAGUUUAAAGGGAUUUGGGGUGCAAAACAGAUGGAGGACCCUGCAGACUCUGGCGGCGGCACUGCAGUUUCAACGGGCCCCUCGAUGUUGGUGACGGAGAUCCGCUGUCCAGCAGGGGCCCGUCCUCUGCGGUUGUUGGAGUGGAAAGUUAAACCGGGAUCUCUAGUUAAUGUCGACUCUGUACUUGCAUUAUGUGCUCCUAUCCCAGUGGAGAAGGAGGCCGGAUCGGAACCACGAGAGCAGUCGAAUAGGCUGCCGGAGAAGAAGGUGAAAUCGGACCGUGCCGGAGUAGUGAGAGAGCUGUGCUGUCAACUUGGACAGGUCAUCUCCCCAGGGGCGGUGCUCGCGCGGAUAGAAGAAUGCAGCCACCCCAUCGUCAUGAAGGGGCUGUGUGCCGAAUGCGGCCAGGACCUGACGCAACUUCAGAACAAGAAUGGGAAGCAGCAAGUCCCUAUCUCCACGGCUACGGUCUCCAUGGUGCACAGCGUCCCGGAGCUAAUGGUCAGCUCGGAGCAAGCGGAGCAGCUGGGCAGGGAGGAUCAGCAGCGUCUGCACUGCAACAGGAAGCUCGUCCUGAUGGUGGACCUGGACCAGACGCUGAUCCACACAACAGAGCAGCACUGCCAACGCAUGUCUAACAAGGGAAUCUUUCAUUUCCAGCUGGGGCGCGGGGAGCCCAUGCUGCACACGAGGCUCCGCCCACACUGCAAGGACUUCCUGGAGAAGAUCGCCAAGCUCUACGAGCUGCACGUGUUUACCUUCGGCAGCCGGCUCUACGCGCACACCAUAGCAGGCUUUCUGGACCCGGAGAAGAAGCUCUUUUCUCACCGGAUUCUGUCGAGGGACGAGUGCAUUGAUCCGUUUUCCAAAACGGGGAAUUUGAGGAACUUGUUUCCCUGCGGCGACUCCAUGGUCUGCAUCAUCGACGAUCGGGAAGACGUGUGGAAAUUUGCGCCCAACCUGAUCACGGUGAAAAAAUACACCUACUUCCAGGGCACGGGGGACAUCAACGCCCCUCCUGGAUCAAGGGAAGCCCAAAUGGCAAAGAAAGCAGCCAAUCACGUAAGCCGGACGGCGGAGGGCCCCACGGCGGGGGCGGCGUCGGGCAAGGACGGCGAGGAGGACGGGGCGACGCCGGGGCUCGAGGAGCACAGCAACGGUCUCAGGAAACAGGGGAGGGAACGCAACGGUGGGCGGGGUGCGGCCGAACCCGAGGAGCAGGCCUCCGCAUCUCAGGGAACACCCAACGAGCGGACUCAUCCGGGCGGGGAGGGGGAGAGGGAGGGGGAGGGGGCGGCGGGCGGGGCGGGCGCCUCGCGGGUAAACGACACGGCGAAUGUAAAGGAGGAGGACAAUGGCAGUGGGCCGGCGGUGGAGACGCCCGCCGGGUCCAACGCGGUGGAGGCGGCCGCCGGUGCCAGCGCGCCCACGGGCAGGACUAGCGAUCUGGACUUUGACCUCUCGAGCGACAGCGACAGCGAGCCGGGUGCGGGCAACCCGUCCGCGUCGGACAGCGAGGGCGACGGGAAGGCCAAGGGGCCCGAGGGGGCGGAACCUGCCGCCGACAAUGCCGAUGGGGGCGUGGCCGAAAAGCGGCCGGCCUCGGGGGAGGAGGCCUCGCCCGGGAUCCCCCCGGCAACGGAACAGGAAAGCCUCCCCGAGCUGGGCAACGGUUGCCCAGACAAAAAGGAGGCGGAGACGGAAUCGCAGAACAGCGAGCAGUCGGGGGUGACCAUGGGGGAGGAGUCUCUGGACCAGAGCAUGGAGGAGGAGGACGAGGAGGAGGAGGAGCCCGACCUGGACCAGGACGACCACUUGAUCUACCUGGAGGAGAUCCUGGCGCGCAUCCACCGCGAGUACUACGCCAGGUACGACGACUUCCUGGCCAAGAAGAGCUCCGAGGCGCCCGACAUCCGCAAGAUCGUCCCGGAGCUGAAGAGCAGGUCCCUGGAAGGGAUCACCAUCGUGUUCAGCGGCCUGUACCCCACCAACUACCCCAUGGACAGGACGCGGGAGUCCUACCACGCCAAAGCCCUGGGGGCCAAGAUCGGCAAAGGCCUGGUCCUUAGCCCCAAAGACCCCAACCGAACAACGCACCUCAUCGCUGCGCGAGCUGGCACGGAGAAAGUGCGGCAGGCCCAGGGCUGCAGACACCUGGAGGUGGUCAACCCCGACUGGCUGUGGGGCUGCUUGGAGCGCUGGGAGAAAGUGGAGGAGCAGCUCUUUCCCCUCAAAGAGGACUACAUCAAGACGCAACGGAGCAACAGCCCGGCCACGUUUCCUGACAUCCAGAGCGCCUUUCAGACGCCGUUGUUCCACCCGACGCCCAUCCACCCCAAAACGCCGGCGGCUCCGGAGGUGCGGACGUACGACCCCAUAACUGGGAAACUGAUCCGAAGGGGGUCGCAGCCCGGGGCGCGCCAGUCGGCCUACAUUCAGGCCCCCGGACCCCCCGUAGUGCUACCUGUGCAUGGGGAGCAGUCGUCCUUCAGGGUGGUGCAGCAGCAGGACGAGACCCCAGGCCCCAGCCGGGAUGAGGAACAGGCCGGGCCCUCGCGCAGGAAACGACAGCCCAGCAUGUCGGAGAGCAUGCCUCUCUACACCCUGUGCAAGGAGGACCUGGAGAGCAUGGACAGGGAGGUGGACGACAUCCUCGGCGAGGAUAGCGACAACGAGAGCGAAGGUGGCGGAAAAGAGGACGGGGUGGACGGGGAAGAGGACGAGGCGGAGGCGGGCGGGCCGGUUCCCGACGGCGAGCACGCCAAGGCCCUGGGGACCGUCGUCGAGGAGAGGACGGCCACGCCCUCCAGCGACGAAGGCAGCUUGACGGGGAGCACGCCCAGGGGCCACAAGCGCAAGCUGGAGGAGACCCGGGAGGAGGAGGGCAGCGACUCCAGCAAGGAGUCCAACGAGGACGAGGAGGGCAGCAGCUCGGAGGCGGACGAAAUGGCCGCCGCCCUGGAAGCAGAGCUCAACGACUUCAUGUGACUCUUCGCAGAGACGAACAUUAAGACGAACAUAUUUUGUUCAGUCACAAAACACUUGUUUCACCCACACAGUGGUACCCGAGCAAAUGGAAAAAAUUUUGUGUGUGCGUGUGUGUGUGUGUGUGUGUGUGUGUGUGUGCGCGAGUGUGAGAAUGGGAGGUAUGAGAAAUAUUAUGUUUCGGGGUGGGUGACAGUGAGACUGGUCAGAGGGGUUCUUUGUGUAUAAACAUUUAUGAAGUUGUAGAAUAGAGAUUUUUAGAGGUAUGGACAAGAGACACAGAGCUAAUGUUUUAUUGUGAAUUAAAAUAGUGCGGGACUUUCCAGGUUUCUUUCAUUUUGAGUUAUUGUGUUUUGUUACGAUUUUUAUAUGUAAAUGAAAAGAAAAUUGAAAAAAUUAUGAGAACAAUUGGUCGUAUAUGCCAAAGAGUUUAAAAGGCAUCUGAGCCUGCAGCUAAAACACAUUUUACCCAGCUAUUUUUUCUUUUUUUUUUUUUCUUUUAUGGUUUUCUUUUGAACAAUGGGGGGGGGUUAAUAUUGUUACCAGCAGUAUGGCCAAAUGGCCUGAAUGUGUGGAUUAAGACCUUUUCUUCUCUGUCCCCUCUCCAUUGUUUUAAAGACAUGUGCACUUCGAUGUGGCUUGUGCAUCAGGAGUAACUAUGACAUUGAUUGAUGUCUAAUGUUCAAAUGUUAGACCAAUCAGUUGGAUCCACUUGUAAAUCUCGAUGAAGCAAGCUGACAAUAGGGUUAGCUGGCGUGGCUUGAUUUUGGUCCCAGCCAAUCACGAGCCCCGGUGCCCCGUUGAUUUGCGCUCGGUCCAGCCCCAAGUUGGAUUUAAACCAUCCUGGCCUUGUCCUGCAGAGGAGAAGAGAACGAAGCAUUGUGCUACCCUACUGUACAGAACUUGGUGCCCUGUAUAGUUGUGAACUGUAAGCUACCGCUUCACAGUGUACCCACAGCCACUUAGUUUAAAAAAAACAAGAAAAGCGUUUUUAAAAAACCAUGCGUUGUAUUAUGUUUGACUUUCUGCUUGUUUCGUUUUUUUUUGUGAUAUUUUAUGUUUAAUGAAAAGCCUGAUGUAAAGUUUUUGUAUAUUCUAUUUCAUACUUGACCAGACGAAAAGAUUCUUUGCAUCUAAUAAAGAUUUGUUUUUUUCUUUUUUUUA